AUGGAAAGCGAAGGUCGAGUGCUGCGGCCGCGGGCGAGAAAGCCCUUUGAGCUCCCCUCGGCUGAUUCCACGGCUCCCCCGACCCCGACGCCAGAAGACGCCAACAAGGAGAUAUUUCCGGGAAAUAGUAAUGGCAACAACAACGGUAACGGCAGCUUGACUGCUGCGAUGGACAAGGAGGGAUUAGCGCCGUCCAGCCGAACAAAAUCAGAUAUCAACUUGACCUCCUCUACACUGCUGGGAAUCUACUCGCCUACUGCGUUCGACGGCGGCCGAGAAGAUAGAGACAUCCCCGGGACAACUCCGUGGGGAACUGGUGCGCAGACGCCUAAUCUACGAGGGUCAGGCAUAUUUGAGAACGGCAAUGGUGGAAAGGCAAGUGGAAACGGUGCUGUGAACGGGUUUUCCGAAGAGCAGAGGAAGAAGAAACUUCACAAGCAGGAGCAAGACCGACAACGGCAGAAUGAAGUGCGUCGUAGGCAGCGCGGGCUUGUCCGUGGUUAUUUGCUGCCUGCCUUGCAACAGAGCGGACUGCUCUUCCUGUUCGGUGUGACAUUUGGUGUCAUUAUUAUGCAUCUACACGAUAGUCCGCAGAUGGCGGCCCUGUUGCCGCUGCACAUCCCCGUGCGAGUGGAAAUCAUCAACUUUGGCUUAGAGUGGUGGCAUUACCUAGUGUUCUGGGGAGUGGCCGGUGUUGCGCUGGGAAACCUGCUGCCUUGGUUCGAUCUUAUGUGGGAGGACGUUAUGGGAGAGAACCCCGUCAAGGGAAGCAGUGAAGCUGGCUGGAACCCAAUGGUGCGCAGCAUCGGUGCCUUUGUAGGAGUUGCUUUCGCCAUUCGAAAACUACCAUGGCAGUCAUCGACUCAGGUCUGUUUGACACUUGCGCUUGUGAACCCGUUCCUCUGGUACCUUAUCGACCGCUCCAAGUCUGGCUUCGUACUCUCUACGGCAAUCGGACUGAUAGGCAUGAUGGCCCUACUGGAGAUGAACCCCGACAUAAUCUUUUCCCCCAGCAACGCCACCGAUGCCGUAGAUGAGACUGUAUUCGGAAUAGCUGGCCUGACUCUCUCACAGGGCCAGCUCGCAGUCGGAACAUGGAUUGCCAGCGUCCUCUUCUGCAGCUGUGUUUGCUUCGGCAACAUUGGGCGCAAACUCGCAUAGUGAGAGACAAUGAUUGUCUCGCUUUACUUCUGUUUCGAACACAGCAACAACGAAACGACCUUCUGGCUUUUUCAAGGGAAAUAAAGGAAGCGCAUGACGUUAAUGGAUACCCUCUUGUUUAGCAAUGAUUUUCUUCUCUCUCUCUCGCUUUUUUUUUCUACUCAGGACGUGGCUUGUAUGGAAACGGAAAUGAAGUGGUGAAACGGCCGGUUAAUUGUAUAAACAAGGUAGAAUCGAUAUGUAAUUCUGUAAUAAAUAACCCCCGAAAUCUCCUCACUCUCAAUUAUGUCAAAUAACUUCCUCGUAAAAGGGCCGAAACUGUAGGUUCAAUCAUUGCAAUCCCAUCCAUGAAACGGAUGGCACUGCACCCAAGACCGAAUCUUGCUUCCUUCUCCAUUCCCAAGAAACAUAGGUCAUGUAACUUGAACGUCCUGGCAUCAUGAAUCCCCGAAAGAACUUUUGCAGAACAUUUUGAUGGAAUGUGAUUUAUUUGCGUUGUUCAUGGAGAGAAAAAGAAGAGAAGAAAAGAAGAAGAAAAAGUUGAAGUCGAGAUUUUAUGCGUAAAUUUUGGUCACGUGGGUGAUAUUUGUUUAGUGUGGGAGGUGGAUGGAAGAUAGCGGAGCAGAAGUCCAUUAUACAUAAUACGUAUUGGUGUACCUACUCGGUAUGUUCGAGGUUGAUGUUGGUGCUAUAUUUAUGAUUAUUUUGUCAGUGCUCAAUUGCAGUCGAUUACUGCAAAUAAGCUGUAGCUACUAUUUAACUAAAGCUGUGGGCGUUGAAGUAGUUAGAUCUGAUACUCGGUUGCCUGUAUCUUCAUCAAUUGAUACACUAAGUAAUUAACUAGUGAGUGCCCACAGACUAUUUAGAUAUUUAUUCGAGUGCAAUAGGCCAAUUUAAGAAUAUUAAGGGCAGAAUAUCAGAUAUCACUCUGCUACCUCUCUGCUUCGUGGUAAUCAACUAGUUAUCAACACUCAUCGAGACGAGUCAGCCCAGCUUUCCUCUUGCUUCAGCCUCACC